AUAAAAGACGCAUCCAUGCUCCCAUCCACAGUCCCCUUCAGGAGAUUGAAAAGCAAACAACACCUCGAGAUGGCGUUCCUCAACCUUCGCGUGGUGGUGGUGCUGCUGGCGGUGGCGGUGGUGACGGUGGAGCCAACCCUGCGGCGGCGUCAACGGUGCCACCCACAGGUCAAGUACGUCACGCAGUACGAGACGCAGUACCAGGAGGUACCGGUAGAAAAAGUAGUGUACCGGACGAAGGUCGUGCCCACCACCGUAUACCAAACCCAGGUGAAGACGCAGGUGCAGCAGAAAUACGUCACCGUCACCAAGACCCAGCAGUCCUAUAGAACGGUGUGCCCCAAGCCCUCCUACGGCGGGUACGGAGGCCGCUAGGGACCUCACCCUCCUGCUGCAGCCGCGUGAAGGGGCACCACCACCACCGCCACCCUCAAUAUAAGUGUUGGUACAGUCAGGGUUAGAAAUCUAGUAAGUUACCUUCGCACUCACUUCCAUCGUGUAUUUUUGCGUUUUAUCUCAGUGUUCAAUCCAUUCAGUACCAUUCAGUACCAUUAUCACUUCCUAAACUCCACAAAAUCAAGUAAUAUAAAUCCGAAUAACGUUAUAAUUAUGGCAGAGUAGUGACAAGAAGUGAUCUUUAACUCCUUAUGAAAAGAAUUAUCAUUCAACAGAAGAACAUAAGAAAGCAAGGCAAGCUGCAAGAAGCCACCAGGCCUACACGUGGCAGUCCGCGUAUAAAACAUACCUAUCUUUUUAUAUCCACCUGUCAUCUCCAUCCAUAAACUUAUCUAAUCUUUUAAAAGCUCCCUAAUGAAUCAGCACUAACAACCGAUUCUUACCACUCUAUCUGAGAACCAAUAUAUUCCCUCUUUUUUUAAGUUUACCUUAAUAAUAACCAUCCCCCCCCUUGGGUAUUAAAAAACAUAAUGGAAGCGAUGUCAUAAUACUGAAUGGAUUAAAUCUGAUCUGCUAUGACUCUAUUACCGGUCAGGUUUCGUAGGACUAUCAGCGGGUCAGACCAUCUGAGACUGUUAUUAACAGUGAAAGUGUAGAGCGGCACGUUACUCUCCUUACCGUGACUGCACCAACGCCCCUGUGCUGCCUUUGUCUUGCACGCCGCCACUUCACCAGUCUGCUGUUCUCGCAUCUGGUGUCCUAUUGUGUGGUUGGUCAUUCUGUUCAGUUAUAAGCAAGUGAUGAAAACAAUAUUAAAAACAACAAAAUUACGGGUGUGUUGAACUCUUUUGUUUUUCAUGUCAAUAUGCAUCUGUUGUAAUAGUAUUUAGUUCCUUUAGCGUGUAGUGAUCUUGUUCAUUAUGAGUGUUAUACAGUGUUUUGUUUCAUUAUAAAUGUAUAAUAAAUAUAUUAUAUCUAGUGUUAUGAACUCUCCUGUUCAAUAAAUGAUAAAAAAAUAU